UUUUUGCCUUUAUCCUUUCAUCAUUUAGUAAGCCUUGGGCAUAUACAAGUGCUGCCCGUCUCUAAAAGUCUCAUCGAUACUCCGUCAAAACCGUCUUCUUGUAUCUAUUCAAAUUCCCAUCGAACUUGCAUUUCACUCGUCAAACGCGCGUCUCGGCGCUAACAGCCUUCCAAGUCCGAAACAUUGAUCAAUCACGUGAUACAUAGUAGAAGAACGGACCUUGUAACUUGCUAUCGUCUAUUCAAUGACGCUUCCAAAUGAACUCUGGCUUUCAAUUUUCGAGUAUCUGCCUUCACAGUCGCUUCGUAACGUUGUCUUGACCUCGAAAAGCUUUCAUGCAAUCGCCAUUCGCCUUCUCUACAAGCAUCUGAUCCUGACGUCCCCUACAUCGUUUGUAACGGCGUACUCAGCGUUGUCUUCCAUUCAGCCUUCACCUCGCGCUCUUCUUCUUGGUAUAUCCCCCCUCGUAGAACGCACCGUGGAGCAGCUGAAAGAAGCUGUCGCUAUCGUUUCCUUGACGGAAGCUGACGACUGGACGCCUAUUCCCCUCAACCGGCAAACAAACAGGUAUCGCUUCUUCCAAAUAAAGGAUGCCUAUCAACCACGCUUCCUUGCGGACGCUACCGUCUACGACAAUCUCCUCACUCAAGUCACGUCCUUCACCUCUCUCAGACAGCUCGUCUUCCGCGCAGUUGUGCACUGCACCGUUCACUUCGCUGGUGUCUAUACAGAUAAUGACCACACUUCUCUGAAACUUCAAUCCCUCACCCUCCUUGAUAUUCGCGCUGUAUUCCCAUCUAAUGACGACGACACUAAUCCUCGGAAUCCCCGUACCCGUCUACGAAUGCUUGCAAGAGUCCCCACCAUCCGCACCCUCACAUAUGACCACACUGUCUGGUUACAUCGCGUUUUCACAUCUUCCUUCCCACCUUCCCCGCUCACUGCUCUUGACGUCAAGUUCCCCAUCCAUAAAGACCGCCCUAGAGCUCCGCCGGGCUUCAUCUCGUUCCUUGAGAGUCUUCCCUCCCUCCGCACUCUCAUCUUGCGAAACCACGUUCCCGCUCUUUCACUGUCACCAAGCGCUCUUCCAGCUCUCUGUGCUGUUUCUGCCCCUUUAUCUGCCAUCUCUUCUAUUUGUUCCGGACGCAAAAUUGUCAAGCUCGAUAUUCGCGAUGAGGUUGUGCUCACGCCACUCUACCAAGCAUUUGUAGAAGUGCACUCUUACUUGUCGAGGGUUGCAAGAGCUCUCCCUGUUCGUGGGAGAUUGGGACGACGAAGUCGUGCUGGCCAUCGUCGCGCGUUUCCCAAUUUAACCAAGUUACAAGUCAGGAUUACUAUACUCGGUAUGGGUUCACGUACACUGUACGCUCUUGCACACCUCGUAUCCGCGAGGAAGCGUGAUGACGACACCGCAUAUGGCGCCCCUGGUAUCGGCGAUACUUAUUUCGAGAACAUGCAUGACAUCGAUCCGGUCACAGCCACACUAAUGGAUGUUAUUCGCAGCCUGCAGCAGCUGCCUUUCUCUCAAGACAUCAGCGUAGACUUCAUGGACGAACAAGGUCCGAAGAACCCCGAACGUCGGAAGCCGUUUGACGAUUACACUCGCGAACUUAUCAUCGCAUGGAAUCGUACUUGUCCUGGACUUCGCACUGUUCAGCUGCACCCGGGGUGGGUGUGGCGGCGCGCGGACUGUU